CCAAAUUGGUAACGACCAGUGAGCCUAUUCAGGGCUGAUAUCAGCUUCUUUUGACUCUCUGUUAACUAUUUUUAUUUUUAUAAUUACUUUUAUAAAAAAGGGAAUGAAAGACUUCACCUUGUGAGUUGUAACUUGUAAGCAAACAUAGAAAAAGAGAGGAACAAACACUGUCAUCUCAUUCUCUCUUCUGGACUGUAUGCAUCUGCAGGCGAAAUAUGGCUACCUUAGCAACUGCUGAAAUUUGUGAUACGAAUACAACUCUUGUGGGAAGCGGAGGUUUGCGUGUGCUGCCACCAAUUUUCCAGGUAUAUGGACAAUCCCGAGCAUUCUCAGGCCCCAUUACGACACUCAAGGUGUUUGAGGACAAUGUCUUAGUCAGACAGCUUCUCGAAACCAAAGGCGAGGGAAGAGUUUUGGUCAUUGACGGAGGAGGAAGCAUGAGAUGUGCUUUGGUUGGAGGGAACUUGGGACAGUUGGCUCAAAACAUGGGAUGGGCAGGUAUUGUGGUGAAUGGCUGCAUUAGAGAUGUAGAUGAGAUCAAUGAGUGUGAUAUUGGGGUGAGGGCUUUGGCAUCUCAUCCGAUGAAAUCGAACAAAAAAGGCGUCGGAGAAAAGCAUGUUCCGAUCAACAUUGCGGGAACCAUGAUUCGUGAAGGCGAAUGGUUGUAUGCAGAUAACGAUGGCGUCCUUAUUUCGACAUCUGAAUUGUCUGUUUGAAUCAGCAUUGUUGGUUCACGUUUUAUGCUUGUCGUACCAAUAAGAGGAUUGAGUUCUCAAAUUCAGUUCUACUUGGAAUUUGUUGUUUCACUACUAUUUACUCCAUCAAAGUUCAUGUUACCCUUGCCA